AUGAGUGAUUGCAACAUCAGCAACAGUGCAACAUCAGCAACCAGUGCAACAUCAGCCACUAGUGCGACAUCAGCAACUAGUGCAACAUCAGCAACCAGUGCAACAUCAGCAACUAGUCCAACAUCAGCCACUAGUGCAACAUCAAGAACUAGUGCGACAUCAGCCACUAGUGCGACAUCAGCAACUACAACUAGUCCAACAUCAGCCACUAGUGCAACAUCAGCAACUAGUCCAACAUCAGCCACUAGUGCAACAUCAGCCACUAGUGCAACAUCAGCAACUAGUCCAACAUCAGCCACUAGUGCAACAUCAAGAACCAGUGCAACAUCAGCAACCAGUGCAACAUCAGCCACUAGUGCGACAUCAGCAACUAGUGCAACAUCAGCAACCAGUGCAACAUCAGCAACUAGUCCAACAUCAGCCACUAGUGCAACAUCAGCAACUAGUCCAACAUCAGCCACUAGUGCAACAUCAGCCACUAGUGCAACAUCAGCAACUAGUCCAACAUCAGCCACUAGUGCAACAUCAAGAACCAGUGCAACAUCAGCCACUAGUGCGACAUCAGCAACUAGUGCAACAUCAGCAACUAGUCCAACAUCAGCCACUAGUGCAACAUCAGCAACCAGUGCAACAUCAGCCACUAGUGCGACAUCAGCAACUAGUGCAACAUCAGCAACCAGUGAAACAUCAGCAACUAGUCCAACAUCAGCCACUAGUGCAACAUCAAGAACUAGUGCGACAUCAGCCACUAGUGCGACAUCAGCAACUAGUGCGACAUCAGCAACUAGUCCAACAUCAGCAACUAGUCAAACAUCAGCCACUAGUGCAACAUCAGCCACUAGUGCAACAUCAGCAACUAGUCCAACAUCACCCACUAGUGCAACAUCAAGAACCAGUGCAACAUCAGCAACCAGUGCAACAUCAGCCACCAGUGCGACAUCAGCCACUAGUGAGACAUCAGCCACAAGUGCAACAUCAGCCACUAGUGCGACAUCAGCCACUAGUCCAACAUCAGCCACUAGUGCAACAUCAGUCACUAGUGCGACAUCAGCAACUAGUGCGACAUCAGCAACUAGUGCAACAUCAGCAACCAGUGCAACAUCAGCAACUAGUCCAACAUCAGCCACUAGUGCGACAUCAGGCACAAGUGCAACAUCAGCCAAUAGUGCAACAUCAGCAACUAGUGCGACAUCAGCCACUAGUCCAACAUCAGCCACUAGUGCAACAUCAGUCACUAGUGCGACAUCAGCAACUAGUGCAACAUCAGUAACCAGUGUAACAUCAGCCACUAGUCCAACAUCAGCCACUAGUGCGACAUCAGCAACUAGUGCAACAUCAGCAACCAGUGCAACAUCAGCAACUAGUCCAACAUCAGCCACUAGUGCGACAUCACCAACCAGUGCAACAUCAGCCACCAGUCCAACAUCAGCCACUAGUGCGACAUCAGCCACUAGUCCAACAUCAGCCACUAGUGCAACAUCAAGAACUAGUGCAACAUCAGCCACUAGUGCAACAUCAGCCACUAGUGCGACAUCAGGCACAAGUGCAACAUCAGCCACUAGUCCAAUAUCAGCCACUAGCGCGACAUCAGCCACUAGCGCGACAUCAGCAACUAGUGCGACAUCAGCAACCAGUGCAACAUCAGCCACCAGUCCAACAUCAGCCACUAGUGCGACAUCAGCCACUAGUGCAACAUCGGCCACUAGUGCAACAUCAGCAACUAGUCCAACAUCAGCCACUAGUGCAACAUCAAGAACUAGUGCGACAUCAGCAACUAGUGCAAAAUCAGCAACCAGUGCAACAUCAGCAACUAGUCCAACAUCAGCCACUAGUGCAACAUCAAGAACUAGUGUGACAUCAGCCACUAGUGCGACAUCAGCAACUAGUGCAACAUCAGCAACUACAACUAGUCCAACAUCAGCCACUAGUGCAACAUCAGCAACCAGUGCAACAUCAGCCACUAGUGCGACUUCAGCAACUAGUGCAACAUCAGCAACCAGUGAAACAUCAGCAACUAGUCCAACAUCAGCCACUAGUGCAACAUCAAGAACUAGUGCGACAUCAGCCACUAGUGCGACAUCAGCAACUAGUGCGACAUCAGCAACUAGUCCAACAUCAGCAACUAGUCCAACAUCAGCCACUAGUGCAACAUCAGCCACUAGUGCAACAUCAGCAACUAGUCCAACAUCACCCACUAGUGCAACAUCAAGAACCAGUGCAACAUCAGCAACCAGUGCAACAUCAGCCACCAGUGCGACAUCAGCCACUAGUGAGACAUCAGCCACAAGUGCGACAUCAGCCACUAGUGCGACAUCAGCCACUAGUCCAACAUCAGCCACUAGUGCAACAUCAGUCACUAGUGCGACAUCAGCAACUAGUGCGACAUCAGCAACUAGUGCAACAUCAGCAACCAGUGCAACAUCAGCAACUAGUCCAACAUCAGCCACUAGUGCGACAUCAGGCACAAGUGCAACAUCAGCCAAUAGUGCAACAUCAGCCACUAGUGCGACAUCAGCCACUAGUCCAACAUCAGCCACUAGUGCAACAUCAGUCACUAGUGCGACAUCAGCAACUAGUGCAACAUCAGUAACCAGUGUAACAUCAGCCACUAGUCCAACAUCAGCCACUAGUGCGACAUCAGCAACUAGUGCAACAUCAGCAACCAGUGCAACAUCAGCAACUAGUCCAACAUCAGCCACUAGUGCGACAUCACCAACCAGUGCAACAUCAGCCACCAGUCCAACAUCAGCCACUAGUGCGACAUCAGCCACUAGUCCAACAUCAGCCACUAGUGCAACAUCAAGAACUAGUGCAACAUCAGCCACUAGUGCAACAUCAGCCACUAGUGCGACAUCAGGCACAAGUGCAACAUCAGCCACUAGUCCAAUAUCAGCCACUAGCGCGACAUCAGCCACUAGCGCGACAUCAGCAACUAGUGCGACAUCAGCAACCAGUGCAACAUCAGCCACCAGUCCAACAUCAGCCACUAGUGCGACAUCAGCCACUAGUGCAACAUCGGCCACUAGUGCAACAUCAGCAACUAGUCCAACAUCAGCCACUAGUGCAACAUCAAGAACUAGUGCGACAUCAGCAACUAGUGCAAAAUCAGCAACCAGUGCAACAUCAGCAACUAGUCCAACAUCAGCCACUAGUGCAACAUCAAGAACUAGUGUGACAUCAGCCACUAGUGCGACAUCAGCAACUAGUGCAACAUCAGCAACUAGUGCGACAUCAGCAACUAGUCCAACAUCAGCCACUAGUCCAACAUCAGCAACUAGUGCGACAUCACCAACCAGUGCAACAUCACCAACCAGUGCAACAUCAGCCACUAGUGCAACAUCAGCGAUUAGUGCGACAUCAGCAACCAGUGCAACAUCAGCAACCAGUGCGACAUCAGCCACUAGUGCAACAUCAGCCACUAGUCCAACAUCAGCCACUAGUGCAACAUCAAGAACUAGUGCAACAUCAGCAACCAGUGCAACAUCAGCAACCAGUGCAACAUCAGCCGCUAGUGCAACAUCAGCCGCUAGUGCGACAUCAGCAACUAGUGUGACAUCAGCCACUAGUGCAACAUCAGCAACCAGUGCAACAUCAGCAACCAGUGCGACAUCAGCAACCAGUGCAACAUCAGCUACUAGUGCGACAUCAGCCACUAGUCCAACAUCAGCCACUAGUGCGACAUCAGCCACUAGUGCGACAUCAGCAAACAGUGCAACAUCAGCAACCAGUGCAACAUCAGCCACUAGUCCAACAUCAGCAACCAGUGCAACAUCAGCAACUAGUCCAACAUCAGCCACUAGUGCGACAUCAGCAACCAGUGCGACAUCAGCAACUAGUGCGACAUCAGCAACUAGUGCGACAUCAGCAACCAGUGCGACGUCAGCCACCAGUGCAACAUCAGCCACUAGUCCUACAUCAGCCACUAGUCCAACAUCAGGAUCUAGUCCAACAUCAGCCACUAGUCCAACAUCAGCAACUAGCGGUACAUCAGCCACUAGUCUAACGUCAGCCACUAGUGUAACAUCAGCCACUAGUGCAACAUCAGCAAUUAGUGCAACAUCAGCAAUUAGCGCUACAUCAGCAACUAGUCCAACAUCAGUAACCAGUGCAACAUCAGGAACUAGUGCAACAUCAGGAACUAGUGCAGCAUCAGCCACUAGCCCGACAUCAGCCACUAGUCCAACAUCAGCUACUAGUGCAACAUCAGUGACUAGUGCAACAUCAGCAACUAGCGCUAUAUCAGUGACUAGUGCAACAUCAGCAACUAGUGCGACAUCAAGAACUAGUGCAACAUCAGGAACUAGUCCAACAUCAGCAACUAGUCCAACAUCAGCCACUAGUGCAACAUCGGCAACUAGUGCAACAUCGGCAACUAGUGCAACAUCAGCAACUAGUGCGACAUCAAGAACUAGUGCAACAUCAGCAACUAGUGCAACCUCAGCAACAAGUGCAACGUCAGCCACUAGUGCAACGUCAGCCACUAGUGCAACGUCAGCCACUAGUGCAACAUCAGCCACUAGUCCAACAUCAGCCACUAGUCCAACAUCAGCAACUAGUGCAACAUCAGCCACCAGUGCAACAUCAGCAACUAGCGCUACGUCAAAGACAAGUGCAACAUCAGCUCUGCCCUCGACGUGUAUUGAGAAUUGUGACGGACGUCCCAAUGAUCUAUACGCCGACUGCUAUGACUGCGUUAAGUUUUACAUGUGUUUUGAUGGAGUUCAAACGUCGUUCGUUUGUCAGCAAGCUACGCACUUUGAUUUUCAAUUAAAAUUCUGCCAACCAUCGUCUGAUGCUGUAUGCGGAGCAGUAUAUUCUGCCACUAGUCCAACCAGCAUGACAUCUGCGACUAGUGAAGUCAGUGAGACGUCACCCGUGAGCUCGACGAGUGCCACAUCGGCCACAAGUCUUACAUCACCAUCAACGGGCUGUACAAACGACUGUGCUAAUAAGGCAGAUGGUAUCUACGCUGACUGUUACGACUGCACAAAGUUUGUCAUGUGCAUAGGUCAGACAGCAGUUCCACAGAUUUUCCAGUGCUCCCAGGGGAAAAUCUUCAGCAUUCGUACAAAUUCCUGUGAAGAUAUGACCCAAGCUAACGCAGGCAAUUUUCUCAGCAACCUCAGCAACAUCAGCAACGUCUCCAACAUCAGCAACUUCUGCAACAUCAGCAACGUCUCCAACAUCAGCAACUUCUGCAACAUCAGCAACCAGCCCCACAUCGCGUACGAUUCGAGUACUGGUUGUACGAGUGACUGUGUCGACAAGGAGCCCGCGCUGUAUCCAGACUGCUACGACUGCUCGCUUUUCAUCAUGUGCAGCAGCGGCGACGUGUUCUCGUGUCCCGCCGGCACGGAGUUCAGUGUGCGGAUCCGGCUGUGUGUCUCCCCCUCCGACAGCCAAGCGGCCUGCGGGUAA